AUGUCUGCUCUUACCUUCGAAGCGCUGAGUCAAUUGGACCAGCUUAACAACCAAAGAGGGCCGCCAUCCCCUCCACCUUCACAAGACAAGUGGGAGAGUGCUUCAGACUGCUCCUACUAUUCACUCUCUGAACUGGUCUUGGACAAGUGGUAUCGCCAAAUCCCAGCAAGCCAAGUAAGGGAACAGGCAAGGCAAAUUCCAGCCAGCCCUGUGUCAAGCCAGUCUAUUUACCCGCGACAAUUUUAUAACAAGGAAGAGCUCGCUCUUCAAUCGUCGGGUCCCUGGAAAGAAUACCCGUUCUGUUUGAACAAGGGUUACGUUUGUGGGUCACCUGGCCCAGUGCGUAUAAUCACCAACUCUUCUGCGCCUGGGGACUUUGAUGUGGUCUACCACCCAGGGAGGUUGGAGAAGUCAGCUUGUCUGGCUAAGUACCGGUCAAAGGGGUAUCAAAAGGGUGCUGUACCAAAGCCCCUCCCCUCGAGCGAGCCAAGCAGUCCAUCAACUUCAAGUUCAAGUGUUGGCAGUCCUUCACUGCAGUACAAUCCUUACAUCGCCGCGCAUCUUGCGCAAUACCAGCAAGCAAUGACGGCAAGCUACUUCAUGCAAAGUAUAGCGAUGCCUUAUGCUUUUCCUUCGCCAGCGCUUGCUUACUCUUACUUUCCGACCUAUGGCCAGUAUUGA